CAUCUACUUUCAAGAAAUCGCUCACCCCUGAGAUGCCAGGUUCUUCUGGGCAACCGGGCUCACAGACGAUAAAGAAAGGGCACAGAGGAGUGGACUCCACGGGCGAGACCACCUAUAAAAAGACGACAUCAUCUGCCUUGAAAGGUGCCAUUCAGCUGGGCAUCACACACACGGUGGGAAGCCUGAGCACCAAACCUGAAAGAGAUGUUCUCAUGCAAGAUUUCUACGUAGUAGAAAGUAUUUUCUUCCCAAGUGAAGGGAGUAACCUGACGCCAGCUCAUCACUACAACGACUUUAGGUUCAAAACCUACGCUCCAGUGGCCUUUCGCUAUUUCCGGGAGCUCUUUGGGAUCCGACCAGACGAUUACCUGUACUCGCUGUGCAAUGAGCCACUCAUUGAACUUUCAAACUCCGGGGCCAGCGGCUCGCUCUUCUACGUAUCCAGCGAUGAUGAGUUUAUCAUCAAAACGGGUCAGCACAAAGAGGCUGAGUUCUUACAGAAGCUGCUGCCUGGCUACUACAUGAAUUUGAACCAGAACCCAAGAACGUUGCUGCCAAAGUUUUACGGCUUGUACUGUGUCCAGGCCGGAGGCAAAAACAUCCGCAUCGUCGUGAUGAACAACCUACUGCCACGCUCGGUCAAAAUGCACCUGAAAUACGACCUGAAGGGCUCCACCUACAAACGCCGAGCGUCCCAGAAGGAGCGGGAGAAGGUCUUCCCAACAUACAAGGACUUGGAUUUUAUGCAAGACAUCCCUGACGGCCUCUUCUUGGACUCUGACAUGUAUAACGCUCUGUGCAAAACGUUACAGAGAGAUUGUUUGGUCCUGCAGAGCUUUAAAAUCAUGGACUACAGUUUGCUUGUUGCAAUCCACAACAUCGACCUGGCACAGCGGGAGCACGCGAUGGCAGACGGGACGUCCCAGGCCGACACGCGGCGGCCCGCUGCCCAGAAGGCCCUCUACUCAACAGCCAUGGAGUCCAUCCAGGGAGAGGCCCGGCGAGGGGGCACCAUAGAAACAGACGACCAGCUGGGAGGCAUUCACGCCAAGGGGGAGAGGCUGCUGCUCUACAUCGGCAUCAUCGACGUGCUGCAGUCCUACAGAUUUGUCAAGAAGCUGGAGCACUCUUGGAAAGCCCUUGUACACGAUGGGGACACCGUGUCUGUGCACAGACCCAGCUUCUACGCCGAGAGGUUCCAGCGGUUCAUGUGCAACACGGCGUUCAAGAAAAUACCACUAAAGCCAUCCCCUUCCAAGAAGAGCCGGUCUGGCACCGCGGUGCCUCGGCGGAGCUGUCAAGGAGGACUCCCUUCCCAGUCACACAUGUUGUGCGAGACAAAAGCACAAGUAACGACAGAGGCGGAUGUAGAGCAAGGUUCCCACCUUGGUCGCCCAGAUCUCCUGCCCCGGACCCUGCCGGUGGAUGAAGCCAACAGCGACUCCAUCGCAACAACCCUGUCCACUUCUUCCUUGGGCAGCGGUGGCCUCAACUCGCCCGCAAACAG